UAUAAUUUAAAAAUACAAAAUGAAGUAAUCUACUGAGGAAAGCUAGGAGAAUGAAGAAUAAUUAGAAGAUGUUAAAAAAAAGUUUAUUUAUUAAACUGAAAAGAUGAGAUUAUUAUUGGAAGUACCUGUAGAUAAGCGUAAUAAAACAAUUUGUUAAGAUAUCGCUUAGAUUGCUGGAGUACAAUAAUGUAAUCAUAAUUAUUAGGAAAUUCAAUUUCUUAAACAAUACAGAGAUAAGCCAAAUUUUUUAGACUUAUGUAAACAUCUGUUUCUAAAAACUUAUAAUAAACGAGAAUAUAUAUUUUAAUAAGGUGAAACAGGUGAUGCUUUUUAUGUUAUUUUAAGUGGAAGUGUAAAAGUGUAUAUAGAAGAGCCAACAGAAUUCAGGAAUUUUAUGUAGUUGGUAAUAUAUAAAUUUCGAUAUAGAAAGAAAUUGCAAUAUUACAAAAAGGUGAUGCUUUUGGAGAAAUUUCAUUGCUAUACAAUUCUAAACGAACAGCAGCAGUAAUGGCAGCAGAAAAGAGCGAUUUAAUUAUUUUGACAAAAGAGAAUUUUGAAGAAUAUUUAAAGAAUGAUAGUUAAUAAGAAAUGUAGACAGCAAAUUUGAAUAAAUUAAUACAAUUUUUAGAAAAAGUUCCUAUUUUUAAAAUGUUCACAAAAUCCUUAUUAGUAUAAAUUUGUACAAAAUGUACUAUAGAACAUUAUUCUUCCUAAUAAAUUUUGAUUAAAUAAGGAACUGAACCUAAUAAUAUGUAUAUAAUUAAAUAAGGAUGUGUAAAAGUAAUUAGAAAAAUAAAAAUAAAUUAUGGAAGUAUGACUUCAAGAGAAGAAAUGUCACAAAAAUAACAAGAUUUAUUUUAUGAUAUUGAUGAACUUAGUGAUUAUGAUGUUUUUGGAGAUUAUGCAAUAUUAAAUGAAAUGGAAUCUGAUUGUUCAUUCAUUACAUCUAUUCCUUGCUAAAUAAUUACUAUUAGUGCAUUUAAUGUAAGAAAACUUCUUCCUAUGGAUAUUAUAUAAAUUUAUAAAUCAUAAUUAAAACGAUAUCCAGAUGAUGAUGAUCUAUAAUAUUUAUUUGAAGAAAAAGAAAGAUGGAAUCAUUAUAAGAAAAAACUAAUUAGAAAUAUUAAAAUAGAGAAAUAAAAUAAGAAGGGAUUUGAUCUAAGAUUGAGGCUACCAGAAUUAAAAACAAAAGAAUUAUCGCCACCUAUAAAUAUAGUUGAUAUUAAAACAAGUGAUAGUAGAAUUUAUUUUAAAUUUUUGGAAUCAAAGAUUAGUCCUAUGGCAGAUAGUAAGAAGAAAGUUUCUUAGUUAACUUAGGUAGGAUUUAAUUCUUAGAUUAUUAAAGACUUAGAAUUCUCCUAGGCAUAACAAGCUUUUCAAAGGAAACUAAAAAAAUUAUAAUAUAAAAAGUAUUGA